AUGAAGAAAGCUGAGAAAAACUUAAAUCUGCAACUAUGGCACGCAUGUGCAGGAGGAAUGAUUCAAACGCAUAUCCUUUGUUGUGUAGCUUUUGUGAAAUUCUUAGGCGACCCAGAAAUUGAUGAAUUUUUUUCAAAGAUAACUUUGAUUCCUUUGAGAAAUUCAGAGCUUAAAAACGAAGAUUCUGAUGGUUCUAAUGGUAAUGUUUCAGAGAGUUUCGAAACGCCUGCAUCUUUUGCUAAGACUUUAACUCAAUCUGAUGCAAUUAAUGGUGGAGGGAUUUCAGUUCCGAGAUACUGCGCAAAAACGAUUUUUCCUCAGUUUGAUUACUCGACUGAGCCACCAGUUCAAAUUGUGAUUGCGAUGGACGUUCACAGCGAGGUUUGGAAGUUUAGACAUAUCUAUAGAGGAAAACCAAUGAGGCAUUUGUUAACUGGUUGA